CCCCGCACACGCUCUUCCUGAAUGGACGAUCACGGGCCCCUGCGGUCCACGCCCCCCUCCGUGCCUCUUCUCCUGCUCUACCUCUUCAUCGCCGCAGCCUCUCGGUACUUUAUUGCGCGCUGAUUGAAUCCAGUUGCGGCUUAUUGGCGCAGAGUCGCCUUUACGCAGAGAAAACCCGCGUGAAAGCUUGCAACCCGCUGCGCUCCUUGCGUAUCACCUCGCCUGCCGGGCUAGGACAUCGUGUCCUCUGUGUCGGAGUUACUGAAAAUGACGGCGAAGCACCGGCGAGGGAAAGGCAACAGCAAACACGAGGAUGGCUCGUUCAGAAACGACGUCGCGGAGUCGGAGAGUCGCGCCGGAGGCAACAACCCGGCUCUCCUCUCGGUUCUGUUCCUGCUCAUCGCGAUCGGCGGUGCCGGGGGCGCAUGGUUCUGUUUCCAGCAGCAGCAAACUUUAACCCACUUAACUGACACUCUCAUGGGCAUGCAGAUGAAAAUAGUAAAACUACAGUCGUCCCACGAAGAAAUGCGACAGUCAAGCAGCGAGCAGCACUUUCCAGAGACCCUGGAGGCCCGCCUCCGCACCCUGGAGGAUUCUUAUGCCCUGGCCCAGAAACAGGUGGGCAUUGCCUUGGCCACAGCGGAGCAGCUCAAGACAUCCGAGCUCCCCUCCCAGGUGCUGUCGCUCCACGCGGAGAUGAGCGCCCGGCUGGCGGAGACGCAGCAGGCCGCCGUGUCUCCGGAGCAGCUGAGCCAGCUGCGGAGCGUGCUGGAGGGGAGGAGCGAGGAGUUUGAGGGGGUCAGGGUUCAGGUGGACGGCCUGGCCGGGCUGAGCGCCGAGCUGCUCCGCAAGGUGGAGGUCCUGGCGGCGGGCGUCGGGGAGGCGCAGUGGAAGCUGGAGGAAGGAGGGGGACGGGCCACGGCGCUGAGUGCCGAUCUGGACGGACAGGCCGCCGAGGUGCUCAGGCUGAAGGGGCGGAUGGACGCUUACCAGGCUCAGCUGGAGGCCGGCACGCAGGAGAUGGCUGCCGUCAGAGAGUUGCUUGAGGGUGAAGCGUCCAAACGGCUCCUGCAGGCGGGUGUGGAGGAGCAGCUCAGUACGCCGGUGAGACAGGCGGAGGAAGAGACACCUCCUGAAGAAGAGGAAGCUGCAGUAUCUGAAGAAGAGGGAGCUGCAGGAUUUGAGGAACAGGAAGCUGCAGUAUCUGAAGAAAAGAAAGCUGCACCAUCUGAUGCUGAGAAAGCUGGAGCACCUGAAGAGGAUGGAGCUGCAGCAUCUGAAGAAGAGGAUGGAGCUGCAGCAUCUGAAGAAGAGGAUGGAGCUGCAGCAUCUGAAGAAGAGGAUGGAGCUGCAGCAUCUGAAGAAGAGGAAGCCGCAGCAUCUGAAGAAGAGGAAGCCGCAGCACCUGAAGAAGAGGAAGUCGCAGCACCUGAAGAAGAGGAAGCUGCAGCACCUGAAGAAGAGGAAGCUGCAGCAUCUGAAGAAGAGGAAGCUGCAGCAUCUAAAGAAGAGGAAGCUGCAGCAUCUGAAGAAGAGGAAGCUGCAGCAUCUGAAGAAGACGCAGCUGCAGCAUCUGAAGAAGAUGAAGCUGGAGAAGAGGAAGUUGAAGAGGCGUUUCCUUCAGAUGUCAACCUAGAGACAUCCCACCCAGAAGAGGCGUAUGAAGGAGAACAGGCGGCUGCACGGGAUGAAGCACCUGUUGACUCUGUGACUGAUGAAACUGCUCCUGUAGAGGAGGUGCAGAGUGAAGAAGGAUCUGAAGAGGAGAACCAGGAGGCAGAUGAAGAAACAGAGGAAGCAGAAGAGGAGACGUUGUAUGAAGGAGAAACGGGACUGAGAGGGGAGGAAGAACGGCGUCAUGUAGAAGCCGAAGAGGAGGAGCCAUUAGGACUUGAUGAAUAGGGCAUGUUUUCACGCCGGAUACAUCCACAAAGGGGAAUUGGAACUUUCUCCAAAUUUUACAUCCUGACUGUAGGAAGGAACGAUUGAUUGCUGUUGUUUAUGUGGUUGCUCUUUAGAAAGACGAACCUCAGUCAGAAUUCUUCCCCUGCGCUGGACUCGAAGCUGAAACGUACCUCAAAAUAAGACACGGCCGUCAUGUUGAAAUGAGUAAUUCAGGGUUUUCCUGCCAACACCAACCUCAGAAGCCUUAAUCCAUCACAUAAUAACUCUUUCUGCGGAGCAGUUUUGAGUGGACAUGACUCCCACUUUGUUUAUUGUCACAGUUAUGUCCCAUACCAAACUGGAGAACUAAAAGCCAACGACGUUAACUGUCAAUCACUACAGCUUAAGCCAUAAGAAACGCCUGGCAUGGGGACAUUUUCUCCCUUCCUGAAAUUCAUUACGAGACGAUAUUUUCGAGGCAAAGCAGUUGCGGUGACUGAAUGUAUCCCAUUUUUUUACCCAGGCCACAUAGCCGACGAAAAAGAAUCUUUGAUUAGAUAAACAAGAAAAAGUCCUGAAUAUUUUUAAAGUAGGGGACAAACGGUAGAUGAUAGAUUUUUAAAAAAACCUUUUUACAGUACUUAAAAACCGUAAGUAUGCUUUGAAUUAGCCCUUUAACCGAUUAUAAUUCAUCUCAGACUGACACUUCUGUAGGAUUGUAAACUACAAGUCAUCUACCAAGAAACUUUUCACCUUCUGCUUUCUUCUUGUUUAGUUCAGAUUGUACAUCAUUUAUUAAUUUAAUUUUUUUUUAGCAAAAUCCUGAGUGGCAUUGAAAUGCAGAAUCAGGGAAACCUUCACAAGCGUGUAGCUCUCAUCUAAAAUGAAAGCUUACCAAUAUUGAUUGAUCAUUGAUCCUAACUUUCAUUUUAAGUUUUAACUCUGUUUGCAUCCGGGGGGCUUUUGCAUGGAGACAUGUCCGAUCCUAACUCGGAUUGAAACAAUGCCGGGACUCUGAAAUCCUGAAGGAGGAGCAAGGAGUGACUCUGGUCAUACCUGCACAGUCACUUCAUACGGAUGCUGCUGAACAUGUCUGGGAACAACUUAAGGUCAACGCCGUGUCUCUGAGAUGCUCUUCAAGUCGACUGGAAUAAUGUGACAUUCUAAAAAAUGCAGAAAUAAUGUGCAAGCUGUGAUUGAGGAAAAUAAUAAGAUCAGGUAUUAAUAGUAUUAAAUAUAUUGUUAUAAAAUGAGCUCAUUUGAGACAUGACGAGUGAUGUAAU